UGAACAACGUACCUACCUACCUUAGUUUUGGUCACACGUGAAACGUGAACCGAGGCAUGACGGCAUUCCGUCUAUAUGGAACUCAAAUGUCCAACUCCUCAUAAUACUCUAUUCACUGCAGAACAUCACUCGUAAAACAAGUGUUCAAACAGCUACUUUCUGACUGACAAGGCCUUGUACAAAUCAUUGUUGUCACCAUGCCGGUCCCCGAGUCAGAAUACGUCAGCUCCGUGUGGAAGGACGGCAUUUUCAAGGACAGGGUUGUAUUUGUGACUGGAGGGGCAGGAACCAUUUGCAGUGCGCAAACACGAGCUCUUGUGCGGCUUGGUGCCAAUGCCUGCAUCAUCGGGCGAAACGUCGAGAAGACGGAAGCAGUAGCGAAGGACAUUGCAACUGCGCGUCCUGGGGCCAAGGUCAUUGGCAUAGGUGGAUGUGAUGUCCGCAAUCCCCAGAGCCUCACAGACGCCGCGGACAGGUGUGCGAACGAGCUAGGCGGUAUCGACUUUGUCAUAGCUGGAGCAGCUGGCAACUUCGUCGCACCCCUGUCUGGGAUGAGCCCCAACGCUUUCAAGGCCGUCAUAGACAUCGACGUUUUAGGAACUUUCAACACCGUCAAGGCGACCAUCCCCUACCUCCUUGAGUCGGCAAAGCGAAACCCCAAUCCCAGCCAGGACGGUUUGACGGGCGGCCGGAUCAUCUACGUGUCCGCCACCUUCCACUACACCGGCAUGCCGCUGCAGGCCCACGUUUCGGCCGCCAAAGCCGCCAUCGACUCGCUCAUGGCAUCCGUGACGCUCGAGUACGGCCCGUUCGGCAUUACCAGCAACGUCGUGGCGCCCGGCGCCGUACAAGGCACCGAGGGGAUGGAACGCCUCGCCAGCAGCAAAGCCGAUAUCGAGGCCGCCAACGCCGCGGUGCCCUCGGGUCGAUGGGGCGUAGUGCGCGACAUUUCCGAUGCGACCGUCUACCUUUUCUCCGAUGCGGGCAGCCACGUCAACGGCCAGGUCCUGCCUGUGGAUGGCGGUGCCUGGCGGAGGCAGGGCAGCAUGAACGUGGGGACGGAUGACGAUAUGAGGUACCCAGACUUCCUCCUGGAUGGGAUGUUCUCGAAAAACGUCAAGAGCGGUCGUAAGGCUGCGUCAAAGCUGUAGGCGGCCUGAACUGUAAGACGGGCGGGUGGGGACGAGGUAGAAAGCGAAGUAUUGAUGCAGUUGGUUCGGCGGUGCACGAAUACCAGUCCCCUGGCACCGGCCGGGUGCCAUAUUCUUGUUCACGCCCAGUAUUUUUAUGAUGUGGUAUGGCGCAGUUUCCAUGCAGUACAGGGUACGCACGACUGCUACAGUUCCUAUCACAAGACUCGCUUCGCUGCUCAUAUUUGACUCGUCUACUGGUGGUCGAGUGUCUGGGGACAGCCAUGCUUUUCGCAAAUGCAGCCAUCGAAAUGGGGAGAUGGCGAUAGAUCACUUCAACGCCACAAUACAUCUUCAUCCUGAGCUCAUAUAAUAAGUCCCAUAGAGAAUAGAAAGCAAAGAUAGAUC